UAGGGGGAUUAGGGGGUGGGAAUGGGAUUUUAUAUCCCCAUGGGUAGAUAUCCCAUGUUUGUUUGAGGGGAUAUCUAAAUUCCCAUGUAAAGGGAAAUGGGAUUAAAUUCCCUCUUAUCCCACCAAAAUAAGACAUGGGGGGGGGGGGAGGUAUUAGGGAGGGGGGAUUAUUUCUGAUUAUGUCAAAAGUCAAAUUUACCCUUCAUUAAAAAACAUUUCGCCAAUACUGUUUUUAUCUCUUCUUUUGCCCUAGUUCAUUUUUGUUUUCAUCAUCUCUUCAUCAGCUCUUCAUUAGCCGACGAAGCAGGAAGCAGGUAUGCCUCCUCCAUUUUUAAUCAUCACGCAGCUUUCAUGAUUUUUUUUUUCUUUUUUUUUGUUUUUGUUGUUUUGUGAUUGAUUUCCUUUUGAUUUGUGAUUGUUUUUAUGUAUAACUUUCAUGUUUCACGCAGCUUUUCUUUAGUUUGUAUUUUUUUUUGUUUUUUGUUGUUUUGUCAUUUUUUUAUUUAUUAGUUUGCUUGUUUUUUUUAUUAUUUUUACUUUUUGAUUCAUCUUUUAGCUAUUGUAUCCAUGUGAACAAUUUAUCUCAUUCAGUAUCCAUUUUUUUUUGUUACAAUUCUGCUCAAAUUUAUGUGAUUUUGAUUAAUUUUGCCUAUGUAUAAGUUAGUUGUAAAUUAUAUUUUCUUUUAUAUAGAAUGGAUGGAGAUGUUAUCAAUAUCAAAAUUCAUCAUGGGGGUAAUUUUUCGAAGGAUGGUGUUUUAACUUAUGUUGGAGGUCAAGUGUCUUUUUACCGAAAUUGUGAUGUUGAUCGGUUGUCAUACUUUGAGUUGGUUGGAAUGGUUAAAGAAAUAGGUUUCAGUGAAGGUGAUAAACUUUACUACACUAUACCCAGCUAUUGUCUUGAGACCGGUAUAGAUGAAAUUCAUAAUGAUCAAUCUGUUGAGCGAUUGUUGAAGUUUCGGAAGCCAAAUAUGUUUAUUGACAUAUAUAUUCAGCAUGUUGAUCAACAUGGUAUAAGUGGGAAGACAAAAGUUGGUGAAGCAUCCGAAGAUGUCAAUAUGGACGAGAAGAAGAGGAGCAAGAAACAGAAGACUUUGAUAUCAGCCAAGAAAAGAGAGAGGAAAGUUUGGUCUGCAGAGGAAGAAAAAAUAUUUAUCGAUCUACUAUAUGAUAUGAAUGACUCUAGUUGGAAGGUGGACACCGGUCACAAAACAGGCUACCUUGCAUUUAUUGAGAAGGAGAUGGCUAAAAAAUUGCCUAAUUGUGAGCUUAAAGCCGAUCCUCAUCUCAAAUCAAAAGUGAAGAUCUUGAAGAAACAACUUAACUAUGUGCUAGAUAUACAACAAAAUGGAAGUGGUUUUGGUUGGGAUGAUGAACAAAAAAUGGUUACGGGAGAUAAGGAUAUAUUCAUGGAAUGGGCAAAGAGUCGUGAUGGAGCUGCCCCGUUGUAUAGAAAACCAAUGGUCCACUAUGAUAAGUUGGUUGAGAUUUAUGCUAAUGAUUUAGCAAAGGGAAGCAAAGUUAAGGGUCCUGGCGAUCAAUCUGAAACUGAGGAAGACAUAUCGACUUUGAAUGUAGCUGAAGGUAAUGUGGAUGAAUCUGCUUCACAAACUCGAGGAACUAAUACUACACCCGGUACUUCAAAGCAAUCUCUGAAGAGGAAGGCAGGUGAACUUGAUCCACUUGAAAUUGAGUUUUUGCAAAUUUCCAAGUCAAUUACGAGUUUGUUGGAAGCGGAAAAAGAGAGCGUUUUGGCUAUGAAGGAUAUUACGAAGGCAUUUACACAUGAAAUUAAUGUCCAUGAAGAAACUUGUGAUAAGAGAAAGAGUCUAUUCGAAGUUCUUUGCAAACUUCCUGGCCUAAGUUCGGACCAAGUUGUGAAAGCCACUCGUUUAAUUGGUCAAGAUAUCGCCAAAAUGGACCUUUUUCUUGCUAUGCCAGAUGACUUCAAGGUUAUUUUUGCUCAACAAGAAAUUGAUGGAGCAAAUUAGAUGUUAAACAAUCUUCGUACCUUUUGUCUUUUGUCUAAAAAACUGUAGUUUAUUAUUAUUGGCAGUGGUAUAAAACUCUACCUAUGUUGUUAUUUUGUUGAACAUUGGUGUAAUUGAGCAAAUUAGAACACGGGUGUAAUGAGUGUGUUAUGGUUUUUGUUGAAAAAGAAAUUUGGUAUGGAUGCUGGCAGAUUUACAUUU